GGGAGUGACUAACAAUUUCACAAGGAUUUGGAAUGUCAAUAGUCAUCAUAACUCCUCUUCUUCUCCUACAAAUAAACUGAUCACUGAUACCAUUUCCCUUCAUAGCAUUUCCAAUUUACUCUUCUACACAAAAAAAGAAAAAGAAAAAGCAUAUCGGGAAAAAUGGCGGGGAAGCCGAAGGUUAUGGCACGAAUUGGCUACAUCGAAGUUGUUCCCUCAUCGUCAUCUAAGGCGGUGGUGAAGAGCUCCGGCGGGAAGAGAGGCUGGACUGAUUCCUCUGAGUCCCAAAAAACCACCAAAGCCGUUUGCAGAAACACCGCCGGCGGCGGAUGCUCAGCGAAGUUCACGAAAACAGAGAAGGCCGGAGGAUUUGUGGACAAGAGGUCCGGGAAUCAGGGGUAUAAGCAGGAAGUGAGUUACAAGUCGUCGGUGAAGGUCAACGACAAAGCUCGGGGCUGUACCACUGAGUACGAGACCCAAGUCAAGUUCAAGAAGACCACCACCUACACCGCUCCCAAGAAGUCCGCCGCCGCCGCCGCAGCUGCUCCGAAGGCGAAAUCGUCGGGUUCUGGCUACAAGAACGUCGCCGGCGCUGCUCCGAAGGCGAAAUCCUCGGGUUCUGGGUACAAGAGCGUCGCUUAUUAUGGUCACCACUACUAUGGCUACUGACUUGGUGAUGUUAAUGUAGAGGGAAUGAGUUCUAUGCUCUGUUUUUCAGAAUUUCAGUUGUUGUUCAGUCUAAUUAGUAUCAGUAGUUUGUUGGUUUUGGGUUUCAAAGUGAUAUUAUCAAUAAUGCAAGUGUUGGUUUAAUGGUGUUUAGUCCGGUAUCGGUUUUGAGUUCAUAUUAGGACUUUAGGAGUAUUAUUAUUAUUUGGAAGUUAUUACUAUUAAUUAUUCCAAACUUUUGCAGUGAUUUGACAUAGUUACAGUGUUCUUGCUAAUUGAUGAAGGGUUGUUUUUGAAACUGACCAUAAUUCUGGACGAUUGUUUUCAUCAUUUUUGUAAAUAUUGGGCUAAUAAUUUGCUGAUUGCUUACUACUAUCAAAGAGCAAGGAAUACCACACAUGUGACACAUUAUAUGCUCUUUCCGCCACCAAAAAGUAAAGCAAUCUCAAAUUUCCUACAUUUCAAUGGUUGUUCGUUUUAGAUCUUACAUAUGUGUAUCGUGGG